CAACUCAGUAUUUGUUCAGUCUGUCAAUGAGUACACAGCAGGACCAACUCCCUAGAUGUGAAACUGAACUCACAGCUGUCUCCACACAGGUCUCGGUCACGAUGGUUGCAGUGCUGCUUCAAGACUCAUUAAGUGGGAACUGAAACAACGAGGGUUCUCGCUCAGUGAUCAUGGCUGCAGUUGGAGCAGGGGUCAGCGGACUCGCUGGAGUCAGCGGGGUUGCUGGGUCGUGGUUGCUGUCAUCAGGAGUCAUCAUGUCAAUCAUCCUCCUCCUCCUGCUCUCUGUCCUCCUCACUGCUCUCUGCAGCGACUGCAACAGACGCUCAUCAUUUGAUCUGCAAGAUGCUAAUGUGGGAAAAAACCCUUCCACACUCAUCAGUGUGGUGAAACUGGAGGAAACUGUAGUGGCGAGAGAGAAUCCAAUGAUUGGUGAGAUCCAAAAUGAUGAAAAGGAUUUUGUUCCAACGGAGGAGAACCCAGUUGAGCUCACUCCCUGGAGGAGCCACCUGAGGGCACCACAGCACACCCAAGGUGUUUGGCCCAAUGGCAGUGCAGCAGUGAUGGAGAGGACUCCUGCUCACUCUAAUACCACCGGUGAGUCAAGUACUGAGGAGGAAACACCGGUUCCAUACAUGGCGUGGAGGAGCCACCUGGGGCCACGAUGGCAACAAGAUCACAUCUACCAAACCAUUGAUGAGCCGAGUCAGACCAACGCACUGACACCAACAACCAACAAUCACGAGCCGGAGCGGAAUGGCAGCGAGAGCAUCACUCAGUUUGAGGCAGCAACAGCGGAGGAUGAUAUCAGUGACAGUAAACCUGUUUAUGCUCAAAUCAGCAGGAAGGAGAGAAAGUCCACGCCCCCCGCCCAUGCGCCUGAGGUGCUACAGGUGAAGGAAGUGGCAGGGGAGGAGCUUUCACCACCACUGCCCCACAGGGAGAUGGAGAUAGACGGAUGAUGGACGAAAGACAAAGGAUGAACUGUGAAAGACUCAAGGAAGGUGGAGAACGAAGGGAAAAACACAAGGACGAGAAGAUGAGAGGUGAAAGGAUUCAACGCGGAAGACAAAAUAUGCGAGACAAAUGGGCAAAAGAUGGACAACAAACUGAGAAAGGAUGAUGAAAGAGAUUAAAGACAAACAAUGAGCGGAAAAGGGAUGAAACUGGAAAAAAGGAAGACGGAUGAAGAUCCAUCGCUGAUCUGCCAUCUUAAAUUCAGAAUAAGAAAGCAGCUGAGAUGACUGCUGACGUUUCCUCCACAAGUUUCCCAUAAUGCAAUCAAACGUGCAGCUGGUUUACACCUCCUUUUGAAAUGAGGAAAAAUAUUCACUGCAAAGCAUACAUUAUAGGCACAUACAGAAUCCAGGGUGGCUGUGAGGGGAUGGGUUGUGUGGACAGUUUCAAGGGGCCCAGCACUGAAAGGAGGCCAUGAGCAAGCAUUAUUAUGAUUAUUAUUAUUAUUACCAUUAUUUGUUAUCCUGAUUAAUUGUUUAUCCAUUUUAUCAGUCAGCAGUUUUUACCUUGUGCAGUCAGUUCGUACUUACCCAAUGCCAAAUUUUCAGGUGCUCAUUGUGAAGGAAUAACAUCUAAAAUAUGUGGAGUGAAAACAUAUUGCUACACAUGCCCACAUGGAGAUAAAAGAGAAAGAGAAAGAACAUAAAUACUUUAAAUGACAUCAAAAACAACAACAAACAUCCAAAGCCUCUGUAAAUUAAUAAAUAAAAAAGGUAUUUUUCAUAAUGCUUCUGCACAGUGGUUUCACGGGCUCAGGGUGAUCUGAAUGUGUAAAAAUGGUGGAAUAUGCUGCUUUACAGUGUUGUUAUGUAACAAAGUACAAAUUAAAGCUGCAAAUAACGAUUAUUUUCACAA